ACAAUUAAUUGUUAUAAAACGGAAAUAAAUUAUCUUCUAAAUGACUAUCAAAACUAUUGACCAAGACCUUGACCAAUGCAAAUGGAUUAGAUCUUCAUAAAUUUUAUGACGAUGGGUACCACCAGAUCCUGAACCGGAUUUUGGGAAGAACCCACCUCCAACACAGGACACAUAUAUAUACUCUCUGCAAGCAAGAGGGUUUGCUAAAUUGUAUUUAGUUUCAUCUCCGUUCCCUAUCAUUAGUUAUUUUGCUUCUAAACUCUUGUCUCCACUUUCAGUUAAUAUGAGGUGUUUCUUUAGCUGUGUAAACCCAUUGAAGGCUCAGUUUCCAAAGAAGAACAAUGCAUGCAUAUCCCCACCUCUUCUCUCUCUACUGAAUAACUUCGAGACAAGUUUGAGGCUAUCGAUUACAAAACUUAUACUAAAGGAUGAUGAUAAGAAUGCUUUUCUCACUGUUUCUUGGAUGAUUCAAGCAAUGCGCUCUCUUUGUGAGACACACCAGAGUAUCAAGACACUCGUGACCGAUCUAAACCUUCUUGUAUCCCACACGGAAGAAAGUUUGAUGUAUGCGUACUCCGACAUUAGCUCGAAGCUGCUUCAACUCUGCGACGCCUUCAUCUUAGAGCUGGACCGUAUCAACCACGUAAACUUGUUACUCAAGCUUGCUUUUAGUAAUGCUGAGGAAUUUUCUCUAUCGCAGUUCAACUGUUGGAGGCAGCUCAUGGCUUCCAAGAACCCUAGUAUCGAAAACUGCGGUGAGGUUUUGAGUAGUCUUGUUGAAUCCAUGAAUCGUUAUCAUCGUCUCUACAAGAAGAAACAAUCUGAAAAAGUAAAAGUCUUCAUGCGAGCUCUAUAUGGUGUAAUGGUCAAGACCUUAUACAUAUGCAGCGUGUUUGCUGCAGCGUUCUCUGGUUCUUCCAAGAAUAUAUUGUAUCUAACCAUUCCAAAGGAGAUGGAGGAGGUUCCAUGGGAACAAGCAUUCAUGGAACUUCAGAACAUGAUCAAUCGGGAGAUCAAGAACACGUUGUUUUCAGAUAAAUUCACGGGUAUAAAAGAUAUUCAGGCUGUUGAAUCUGGUGCGGAGAAGCUUUACGCAGAGGUCCAAAAAAAGCUAGCUCCUAAUAUGUUGAUGGCGGAGUUACUGAAGCGAUCAGUGAUUGAAAUUCCAGAAAGGUUUGAUAUUAUCUCCAACGAAACGCGUUGUUUGCGGGAGACAAUGAUCUCUGCUCGAGAAGCAUUGUUCAAGAGGGGUUGGAACAAAAUAUGAAGAUGAGUUGGGAGUGAGUGAUGUUGCCAAUGAUUAUGAGUGUUAAGACUUGUUUGUGAGUAGUGUAGGGUGUGUUUCUUCUUGUCUCAUGUUAUGUAUGAGGGCUUUUAAAGAAGUUCCUUCAGAAUUCAUGCACGCAUGCAUGUCAUCAAGUUAUUCUCACCCCCAUAAACUAUGGAGUCAAAUUAAUUUUGGAUUAGAUUCUUGAUAAGCAAGCAUAAAACACAAUCAAUGAAUCAGAUUUAUCCAGGUCCAACAAAUACAAGAUAUUUUUUCCUCUAAUAUGAUGCUUGACAUAGAUUUUCAUGUUUACCAUGCUUUUAUCUCUUUGAUCCUAAAACAACGAUCAUCAUUAUAAAUAGUUGUGAUAACAACUUCAUGAUCUUACAGUUUUAGCUGAAGACAAAUAAUAAAACCAAAGUUAGUUUUUGCUAAUUUGAGUUUGAAUACUAAGAACCACACAACAACAAGAAAAUUGACUAUUGCUAUUUGCAAGUGAACUUUGUGACAUAAAGUGUAUUAUUUAUAUUUAUAAACUUGGAAGCAAAUCUACAAAGCAAGCAGAUUGUUUCUUCCUUUUUAUUCAUAAAAUUACAAAAAAAAAGAGAGAAAAAGAGAUAUAUGAGUUUGACAACUAUAUAUGCACCUCCAGGUCCUCAUCAGGCUGUGUCGCUACAUAACCAUAUUCUCCAGCAUUUGACUUAUUACA